AUGCUCGUCCGGGCAUUGCUUCUCACCACUCUGCUCGGCGCUGCCAAUGAGCUCGACGCGGAGCAGUGCGACCGGGCAGAGGAGGAAGCCGAACUGCUGGACGUCCAGCUGCUGCAGACCUCCUUCCAGAUCACCCCGAAGGCUAAGGCCGAGAGGGCUGUGAAGGCCGUCGCGCCGGAGCAGCACUGGACUGGUGGCGCUGCCAUGCCGGAGGAGCAAUCCCUGCUUCAGACCUCCUUCGAGGUGAGCUUGUCCUCCACGGUUUUCACCGGGGGAAUUGUGGGCAACGAAGGCUGGCGCCUGCAGCCCAACGCCUCCUGCUUCGUGGACGGCUUGUGGCCGGUCUCGGGCACUGCGCCGCUGCUGGUGCAGCUGGGCACCGUGCACGAGCUCGGGAACCUGGGGCGGUCUGAGCCGGCCAGGACCUCCACGGCCUUCUACUUCAUGGACAUGCUCAGCAGUAGGUCUUCGCUGGUGCUAACGGUGUACUUCUGCAUCUACUUGUUUUCCAUCGUUUCGAUUCACUACAACAUGACCACCAGAGUCAAGGACAAGGCCGCUCCUGGCAAAGUGCCCCAGGAGAGCUGCCUGGAAGACGAGAUCUACAAGCGGAACCCGCUGAGCUGGCUCUGCGUGUCGUGGCUGAACCCCAUGGUGGCCAAACUAGGGGCGUCCUGGAGCAGCGCCAUGUCCAAGUGCAACGCGGACGAGCUGCCGGCGGUGAACCCUCCAUCCUUCCAGGCCCAGCGGCAGGGGGAGCGCUUCGAGAAGUUGUGGCGAGAGGAGUUGGAGCAGUACGGGGACCAGGCGCGAAGACGUCGCCCGGAGGGCUCUUGA